GGUGCCGCGGCCGCCAUGUUGGGGUGCUGAGGGCGGCCGGGAUGCGUCGCGGCGGGGCGGGCGGCGACGGCGGCGGCUCCCUCAGCCUCCUCCUCCUCCAUUCUCAGCGGGUCUUGGUGCUUCUGCUGCUCGGUGUCUGUAAUGUUCUUUCCCUGGAAAUCAAAGCCAGUGCUAAAGUGCGAGCUUACAUUGGGGAACAAGCAUCGCUGAAAUGCUCAUUCACAUCCAGUCUUCCCAUCAGCGAGAGGCUCACAGUAGACUGGACAUACCGACCCCUCACAGGGGGUCAGAUGGAAACAGUUUUUCAUUACCAGUCAGUUCCAUACCCAACGACAGUAGGAAAGUUCAAAGACAGGAUAUCCUGGGUUGGGAAUAUUGCCAAGGGUGAUGCUUCCAUUGCUAUCCAAAGUCCAGUGCUUAGUGACAACGGGACGUUCAUCUGCAGUGUGAAGAACCCUCCAGACGUGUACCAUAACAUUCCCCAGACAACGCUGAUAGUCACAGAGAGGGGCUUCUCCUUCCAGCUAACUUCAGCAACACUGCUGUCCAUCGUAGUAUUUCUCCCUUCCGUCAUUGUGGUCAUUGUGCUGCUGGUGAGGAUGCGAAGGAAAUUUGGAGUGCUGAAGGAGAAAAAAAAGUCUGGCUGUAAGAAAUCCUCCAUCGAAGUCUCUGAUGAGCCUGAGCAGACGGGGGCAGGCAACUGCUUGGGAAGACUCAGAGAGUGGUGUCUGAACUGUGUGGACACAGAUGAGGAAGACCUGUACUGAUGAGAGAGCAAAGCUAUGGAUAAAGAACAAAAUCACAGCACUGAAAUCAUGGCUAGAUAGGAGUGAAGGCUGCUGGAAAACCCGUGCAGAUUAAAGGACCUGCUCUGCUCUUGUAGACUUGAAGAAUAUGGAAGAUGGGAUAGUUCACUUUUAUUUAAGCACAAAAUCAUAAUUUUUGAUGCCUUUCUCAUUUAAUGGGGAAAAAAAAGAAUCUCUUAACCUCACUUCUCCGUGCCUGCAGAACCCUCAGUGCCUAUGGCCGUGCUGCAGCCGGUAUCCUGCCAGCACUCCGGUUUCCUACCAGCACUCCAACUUGCAGAUUUGUUUCUUUUGUUAUUGGUGACUUCCCUCCUGUCUUGCAUCGGUGAAUUCAAUUUGCGUGAAGCACAGGGGACAGUGGUCCCAGCUCUCUAAGGUGGUGGUUGGGCAUUGACAAUAUGUCCUUCUCAAUUUGUUUGGAAUGUAUUCGCUAAGGACUUAAAACAGUUUGAUUAAGUUGUUACAUGGCAUCCUUUGUCUCGGAGCGAGGAGAACCUGCUGCUGUUUAACUGUUUCUUGGUUUAAUCUGCCGCUUAAUUACAGGAUCACCGUUUUGUUCCUGCUGUUUUCUGGUUCUGUUUUUAAGUCACGCACAGUAACAUUAUCGUACAUUGUUGGGUUUUAUCCUUCCUUAUUUAAUAGUUGUCCAGCUGCUGCAUUACUGGGUACUUCUCCUUGUGGAAGUAAAGCACAAUUCACACAAAACAAGUUUUUUGAAAAGAGAAAUGAAAAUGGGGACUCUGUAUCUGGGGAAACACAACCCCAUCUACCUCAGCCAUUGACUCAAGCAGUGUCCAAAGGUAUGUUCCGUGUUUGGAAGAGCAGUCAUGUUCCUCCUCUCUUUUAGGUACCGGUUUAGGGAAACGGCUAAGCAUGCGUUGUUACUGCCUGGUAAGAAAGAGUGCUUUCUCUUCCACCAGCCUUCUCUGACAGUGGAUGGCAGAGAGCAGUGGAAUUCAUGGCUGCUCAAUGCCUCAACAGCUGCUGCUUUCUCCUUCCUUCCUGUAUGCGGCAUUGGUCAAACAGUUUCCUUUCGCUUAUCAGUUCACUGUUGACUUUGUGCCAUUACCAAUAAAUUGCUUUGUUUCAUUC